UGAGUGCACAAGUAACUUCCAAGGGACAAAAUGAGAUCACGAAACAAAUCGGAUAGUGAUUUGAUCUAUUUGGCUCAAGCUGAAGAGGAUGAUAAUUUGACACCCCCGGAUCCUUCACCGCGAUUGCGGAAGGUCUCUUCUUCGAUCAAAGAGAUCACCAACCCAGCAAUCAAGGUUCUCAAGAGACAGAUCACCGUGUCUCUUGAGGGAGUCACUUCGGCCAUCAUCAAACGGGAUGUCAGUACAACGGAAAUGGUGGGUGGAUUGUCCAAUAGAGCGAUAUUGGAACUCAUUAGAUCGAACAAUCUUCUUGGCUUGAAGUCUUUUCUCGAAUCCAGGCACGCCAAUAUUGAAGACAAAGAUCAGGAUGGACUCACCCCUCUCAUGGUCUCAUCUGACCUCGGUCGACUCGAGUUUGUCAAACUACUCAUCGCAAAUAAUGCUGAUCCCAAAGCUGAGGAUGAGGAUAAAUGUACGGCCUUGCAUUUGGCGGCCAAGAAUGGCCACGUGGAAGUUUGCGAGGAGCUCAUUGAAGCUGGUGCCGAUUUGAAUGUGUUAGAUAUUGGGAAUUGGACACCCAUGAUCUGGGCUGCCUAUAGCGGUCACUUGUCAGUGGUGGAGGCACUUGUUAACAAGGGCGCCGAAGUCAAUGCCCGGGGCUAUCAUCAUGUCUCUGGGUUGAUUUGGGCAUCUGGUCGCGGUUUCACCGAUAUUGUCAGAUUUUUGCUCGACCAUCAGGCCAAGGUGGAUGUCGGGGACAAAUACGGGACUACAGCUUUGAUUUGGGCAUCUCGUAAUGGCCAUAAGGAAGCAGUGGAUCUCUUAUUGAAGCGAGACGCUUCUGUGGAUGUUGUGGGGAUGUAUUCUUGGACCCCAUUGCUCGUGGCCACUUCAAGAAACCAUUCGGGUAUUGUUGAGCUUCUUUUGGAAAAAUCUCCCAACGUUAACGCCACGGACAAGGAUGGGAUGGCAGCCUUGGCCAUCGCAUGUAAGGAGGGUAACGAUUCCAUAGCCCUGAAGCUCAUUCAAGCAGGGGCUUAUGUGAAUGUGCAAGAUCGGGCAGGGGAUACCAACCUCAUUCACGCCUGCAAAGGGGGCCAUAGGACAAUCGUAGAAGCCUUACUCAAGAAGUUUGCCGAUGUUGAUAUCAAGGGCAAGGAAAACAAGACGUGUCUCCAUUGGGCCAUCGAUAAGGGUCAUAAUUCCAUUGUAAAGAUUCUCUUGAACACCAAUCCCGAUCUGGAGAUCAGGACUGUUGAGGGCGAUACUGCCUUGUUACGAGCGGUUCGUUGCAGGAAUGGCGAAGUUGUUCAAAUGUUGCUCGAGAAAAAGGCCAAGAUUUCUGUUACCGAUGGAAAAGGAGACACUGCCCUUCACAUUGCCAUGAGAGCCAGAUCCAAAGGUAUUGUUGAGGUGCUUCUCCGGAAUCCCAAGCAUAGCCAACUUCUCUAUAGACCCAAUCGUCAAGGAGAGACCCCUUACAAUAUCGAUGCCAGCUCACCCAAAACCAUCCUGGGGCAAGUCUUUGGCGGACGCAGACUCAACACCAAUGAAGACUCGGAGAACAUCCUCGGAUACGACUUGUACAGCAGUGCUUUGGCUGACAUUCUAACAGAGCCCACCUUAUCAAUGCCCAUAUCGGUUGGUUUGUAUGCCAAAUGGGGCUCGGGGAAGAGUUUCUUAUUAUCAAAACUCCGCCAAGAAAUGAAGAGCUUUGCCAGGGAGUGGCUUGAUCCAACAUUUCACAUGUCCCCUAUGCUUUUCAUCAUCAUCCUUCACAUAGCGGCCGUGGUCGCCGUUGUGGUGUGGAUGGCUAUGUAUUUGUCUGAUCUUGGAAAACUCAGCACUGGAGUUGGAUUGGGAUCAGGGGUUCUCUUGGUGGUGGUCUCGUAUCUUUUCCUCAUAGGGGUAUGGCAAGGAUCCUACAAGUACGACUGGAACUCUCUCUACAACCUAAGUCUGUUUCUUGCCAAACAGUUCAAUUCCAUCAAGCUCAUCCUUCAUGUCAUGUUUUGCCACCCACCCGGUCCUGAAUGGUCGGGGAACAUAAACAAAGUCCAGCCUUUGAAAUUGCUUUUCACGGAUCAGACGAAAGUCAUCACCUCUGCAGGGGGUCAGAAUUCAGUCACUCAAAUGAUUGGGUCUUUGCUUGACGAAAUUGAAGGCCAAUACGGUAAGAUUGCGUCGCGAUUGUUUCGCGCCUUCCGACCUCAGCCCGUCCAUUCUUCAUCGCCCAAACGUUGGCGGAAACUAUGUUGCUUACCCUAUUUCGUGAUCUACAUGGUGUGCUUCUGUUGCUCGUUGGCCAUCAUCAUCCUUUUGUGCCUCUCAGUUCACCAAGAACCUGCACCCUUAUCCACCGACCUAACUUUAAGUGACUUUGUGGCUGAUCCACUUGCUCACAGUGGGAUCAACCAAAAGACAAGAGAUAGUAUGGUUUUAGCAUUUCUCAUUUUGUUUGGAGUGCUUGUGGGCGUUGUCUUGAUUUCGAAUCUGUACACUCUCGGCAAUUGCUUUCAAUCACUCAUGUUCUCACAACGUCGGCACCUUCAGCGCACAGUUGCUAAAUUGGAUGUGGUCAAAUCCGAAGGUUAUCUCCAGGCCGUCAAGGGGGAAGUGGCCUUGAUGUUGGACAUGAUCAAAGGUUUGGAUGCUUUUACAAAUCAACAAUCAAGACUGGUCGUGGUUGUCGAUGGUCUGGAUAGUUGCGAGCAAAGCAAGGUUCUCUCCGUUUUGGAUGCAGUUCACAUGCUAUUUUCAGACAAAGGAUCCCCGUUCAUUAUUCUACUUGCAAUAGACCCUCACGUGAUUACGAAAGCGAUCGAGCUCAACUUGAACGUGGCUUACAGUGAUACUAGCAUUGGUGGGAAUACAUAUCUCAAAAAUAUUGUUCACCUGCCGUUUUUUCUCCAGAACUCUGGUUUGAGGAAAGUGAGGAUAGCUCUUCAAGUUGCCGCCACAAUGAAGUCCAAAGUAACCUCAAACAUGUCUUGGGUUGAGACCGAAGACACCAACAGUAUAGUUCAAGGCCGUAAAGCCUCGGUGGAUUUGAAUGCAAUGGGUGCAAAGCGCUAUCGCUACCAACGAAACAAUUCUAUGGCGAAGGGGCCCAGGUCCAAGAUGAGCGAUAGUCUCAGCAGCAGUGUCGGAAGCAACCUGAACAAGACCAUGCAAGGCCCACAAGAUUUGACAAAAGUUUUGCUCUCCGAUGACUAUUUCAGUGAUGCUAAUCCCAGAAGCAUGAGGCGACUUAUGAAUGUGCUUUAUGUCAUGGGCAGACUCCUGAAGGCUUUCAACAUUGACUUUAAUUGGUAUCACUUGGCAUCUUGGGCUAACGUGACUGAGCAGUGGCCUUACAGACUAAGUUGGAUUAUUUUUUAUGCCGAGAGGAAUGACGAAGAUUUGGAGGACAGUACAUCUUUGAAGACUAUUUAUGAUCGAGUGAAAGGUGCGAUUCCGACUCAAAAGGAGAUUGAGCCUCUGCUUGAAUUGGAUCGUGAUGAAAAGAAGCUGGACACUUUCUUGAAUUAUCACAAGAAAAAUCUGACAUUGGCAGAUUUGAAAGUGUUUCUUCCUUUCACUAUCAAUCUUGAUCCAUUCGUGAAAAAGGUCAUUAAGGAUGAAAUUCAAAAUAUGGAAGAGAUUGGGGUCACUUUGGAGCAAAUGGCCUCCUCUUCCAGCAACUCGUCGAGUCAUUUCUCGCAAACAGGAGCUCCAAAGGCUCCCCUCACCAGGAGACAAAUGAUGGGUCUUUCUCGUAGAGUGUCUCAGCCAGAUAUGGCCCACAUGGCUGCCCUUAAACCCAAUGCCAUGCCUACAAUCCCUAGCGGUCUUAUGUACCCUCCUCCUCCUGGGGCUCCACCAAUGUGGCCAUAUAAUAUGAUGUAUCCCUACCACCAGACAAACUCAUAUCUUGGAGUGGAUCCACAUAACAGUAGACAUCAAACUCCUUCACCCCCACCAUCGCCUCAACCGAAACUUACUCCAAGAGAAGAGAAGCUUCCAGAUUUGGCACAAAGUUUGACAAUGCCUCCAUUAUCUCAAAGAAAUGUUGAAAGCGUGUGUGAUAUGAUUCAAAACAUGGAGGGUCUUUCAUCAGCAAUGGUGAGCACAUAUUGUUCGAUGAUCAAGAACCAAAACCUGAGCGGUCCAGUGCUAUCCCAUUGCGAGCUACAUGAUUUGAAAUCUGUGAUGGGCAUGAAUUUUGGGGAUUGGGAAACUUUCCGGAUGGUGAUUCAAAAUCUCCGAGCAUUGGAAAAGAAAGCCAAUAGGGACUCUCGAAACGUCAAGUUUACUAUUUCUCCAGAGAGAGAACUCGUCUCUUCCGAAGGCAAGACCAUCACCACUUCAACUACAACCACCACCUCAAGUAUUGCAACUCGUGCCAGCAUAGAGACGGUGUCUCGGACCAAACACCUAAAGCAUCAAACUUCAAUUGAGAAACAAAUUACAAUGGAGGAUCAAAUGAUAUCCGGGUUGCUUUCGACCUUGAACGAAGAAGCCCAAGAAGACAUCUUGACAGAGGAAAUGGAACAUAUUUCGAGCUCAGGCAAUUUAUCCGACUUGGAAGAGAGAAGAGCGGAAUCAGACAUAGUGUAUCUCUCACAUACCACCAGUCCGUCUCCUGGAGUACAAAACCGCCGUGAGCAAGCAAUGACCGAUGCUAGUAUGGAAAAUGGUGUGACAGAUUGGAUCAACAACCGAAUAAUUGUAAGUUCAAUUGGAGGAACCUCUAGCGUCACUAGUAGCACAACAGAACUGAAGAGUCUUGUAAGUGUGCCGACUUCUCCGACCGCAACUGCCACCACUCAGAGCUUCAAAAGUCCCCGACCAUCGUUGAAGAAGGUCGAUACUGUGACAAAAAUGAGGCAUCUUCGUGACAGAUUGGAUUCCGUUCAAGGGGAGCGCCUGAAUCUAGCUGAAAAGCCUGAAGAUGAUGACGACGACCCUUAUGCCUGGAUAUCGCAAACUGCCCCAGCAAGCCCCGAUGACAAGCGCAGAAGGUGCAAGAGCGAGACCCGAAAUGAUUCAGCCACAAGCCUUUUUCCCUUAAAUACCAAAAAUGAAGAAUUUGGGGACCCUAGCGACCGCAGUUAUGUUUCAGCAACGAGUAUAGAGAAGCUCAAUAAGGUCAAACGAAAAUUCAAACAAGCUAUGGAUAUUUCGGGGAUUCCAGCCUCUAACAAGAAUCGACCCUCUUCAGCCAAAGUAAUUCCCGCAGAAAAGGAGAAGAAGGGGUUCUUCCAAAAGCUCAGGCGGUACGCAAGUGAGCACCACGGCGAUGACGCCAUACAACAAUUACCAGUAGAGUCUGGGAGCGAGGAUGAGAGAUUAAGUAGCGGAGCGUCCUCUCCAGAGCAAGUGACAGUGGCCCGUCGGCCGAGCUUGAGUCGAGGGCCUCAUGUUCAAGACCUAUUCGUGCAUCGUCGCAGUUCCAAGGAGAAUCCAACUCUCGUGGCAGUGCUUCCCGACGGUUCCAUCAUUCCUUCCUCCAAACAUGCUCAUGCACCCAAAGACAUUUAAUCGCUUUAGGUUCCAGGAACGUUCAACUUCUCCAUAAUCUGAUUACAUGAUAUAUUCCACCAGCCUAUAUUAGGUGUUAAUACGAACCCUUAAAUCUAUGCCAAUACAGUUGAAUAGGUAA